AUGAGGUCACUUUCAACAAUUUUGCAAUUAACAAUUGAUAAUUUUGAUACAAUCAGAUUAAAUUUGAACAAAUUAUAUCAUAAAAACAGGAUAAAAUUCCAUGAUUCUGUUGCAACAAAUAUUUCCAAAAUCAUACAAAAUUUUCUUUGUUUAAAAUCUGAAGUAAUGAUGGUUAACUAUCAUCUUAAUGUUCAUAAAAAAAUAGUCGAAUCAGAAUUAAGAAAUUACAUUGGAAUACAUUGGCGUACGGAAUCUAUUAAGGUCGAAAACUUGUCAACAUGUGCAAACGAUUUAAUCAGACUAAUAACAAAAUUUAAAAAUAAAUAUGAUACUAAGAGUGUUUAUUUGGCUACAUGCUACCCUUUGUAUCCAAGAUAUGAAUUUCGGUCAACAACCUUUAGAGACUUGAUAAAUUUUCAUCGUGAUGCAGUGAAAAAAUUGUUAAAUUCAGGACACAAGGCAGAUGAUUAUUUAUCAAUGAAUAUACUUAAAGAUAUGAGAAACGAUCCCAAGACUCAAAGAUGA